CCACUGCCUUCCAGGGCCUGCAAAACUGCCGCUUCAACUCUGGACUUUGUCCCUGUCAUGGGAAAUUCACUAGCUUAUCAGGGCCCUUAGCCAGAGCAGUUGCCUGCUGAGAUGUCCGCCUGCCCCUUCUAGGGCUUCCUGGACCCCUCUCUGGAUCCCAGCCGCAAGCCCGCCCGACUUCCCACGCGGCACCGGGGUGGGGGUGGGGCCUGCGCCAGAAGGUUCCCCGCGAAACCUAGGCAAGAAGUGUACUUAGUCCUCCUGACUGGAGGCGUUGCCUGCUUGCCCGGCCCUCCGCCCUCACCUGCGGAUUAGGCCCCGCCUGCCUGCGGCGUCCCCAGGGGCUUGCAGAACCGGACCCCACAGUGUUCCCUUACAGAUAGCCAAUUUCCAGGACUCUGGCCUCCAGGGCUGCCUGGCAUCUGGGGGUUUCUGUGGAGCUCAAGAUCUUCUGGCUGAAGCCCAGGCUCACCGGCGUCUUCAGGCCCCUCCAUGAAUGGGGCAAACCAAACCACCGUGGGGCCCUCAGAGCUCCCAGCAUCAUCAGCCGUGUCCCCUGGACCGGGCACUGGGGCCCGGGCAUGGCCUGUGCUGGUAGGGGUCGUGCUGGGGGCUGUGGUCCUCUCUCUCCUCAUUGCUCUUGCUGCCAAAUGCCACCUCUGCCGCAAAUACCGGGCCAGCUACCAGCACCGCCCGCUGCCCAGGACGGGGAAGGGGGUCUGCCCGGACGUGGGUGAAGAGGAGGACGACGGCUUCAUCGAGGACAAUUACAUUCAGCCCGGCGCUGGCGGGCUGGGGACUGAGGGCAGCAGGGACAACUUUUCCUUCUGAGCCCCAAUCUUUAGACCCCCUCCACCCCCCGCCCGUACCUGACAACUUAAGGAUAGUGGAUACUACACAGGGGCCCCAAGCCUCAGGGAGAGAGGUAUCUAGGGCUCCAGGGCUAACCAGGGGUGGAGCAACCCUCCCCUGACACUAGCUACUAAAGUGACAAACCCUGUCUUGGUCAGUAACCCUCAAUGGCUCCCUGCUGUUCUCAGGACCACUACCAAGGGCCUGGCUAGGGAAAUAAGGCCUCUUUCAGCCUUUUGGUUCACUUUCCCAACCUCACUGCCUACUAAACGAAUUAUUUGUUAUUCCUCUUCUCCCACAUGGUGUUUCUCCGUGCCCUUUUUGCUCACACUCUCAACCCGGCCUACACUGCCCUUCUGUUCUCUCAAAUCCUCUAUGACAGAGGGCACC